AUGCGGUCGGCGGUGCUGGUGCCGCGGAGCCUGCGGAAGGCGUCCGUCCCGCCGGCCCUGCUCUCAGACCCGACGCCCGGCAGCCUCCAGCCCACCCGCCUCGCCGCCCAUGUCAACGGUGCCGGCUCCUCAUGCUCUGUCUACCUCGCCUCUGGCUGCCGCGUCUACAGGAUCGAGAUAAGCCUUGAUGGUGCGAUGCUGUCCAAAGGAAAGGAGAGCCUUUUGAUUCCUGAUAAUGCACAGGUCAUAAGUUCGUCCGUUGUGGAUCGCUGCCCACAUCGUUCUGAGAUCCAGAGUGUAGCUCUCGCAGAGGGCGAAGAUGACUGUUUGAUUCUUGGAACGGUUGACUCAUAUGGUCACCUUAUUGUAUCUUGUUUGGACAUCGUGGCUGAUGACAUCGACAGGACGUCCUAUUCAGUACCACCUCGUGAUUGUGGUGUUGGGGAAGGCAGUUGGGCUGGGAUAUGCUUUAGCCCGAUGCAGCAAUCCAUGGUAGCUGUUGCUCGUGAGUUGUGCAAGACCAUUGAUAUCUAUGAUCAAGACAUUCAUGUUCGCAGUUUACGCACGUUAUGGUAUCCAUCUUCAUUUAGCUUUGUUCAAUGCUCGCCACAAGUGAAUGGAAGUAGUUCUCUCUUGGCAAUUGCGGAAGGUUCUCAGCUGAGCAUCUGGGACUUAAGAAUGAAUAACAAUGGGGGAUGCGUACAACGCAUUUCUGGAUCAGUUGGAGACAUUAUAUACUCCACAUGUAGUUCGCCCUCAGGACUGAUUGGUAGUGGCGGAACUGAUCGUGCUGUCACCAUCUAUGAUCCUCGCAGGUGGUCUGCUCUGUCAAGAUGGGUGGGCUGCUCCAAGUAUGAGAUUACAGGCCUUUCGUUCUCAUCAGUUGACCAAUCUUUUAUCUACGUCCAAGGUGUUGAUUAUGAGAUUACCUGUGGACAUUGGAAACAAAGUGAGCGAGCAUUCUCAUUUCGAGGGGAUUCCAACUGGUUGGGAUUUUCAAAGUGUGCCAACAAUGAUGUGAUAGCAGGGUGGUGCGAAUCUGGAAGUAUCUUCAUUGCUGAUGCUAGGCAGCUAUAG